GGGAAGAGGCCGCAGAAGCCCGAGUCUUGACCGACGGGCAGGCGGGGGCUGCGGCGGCGCCGGCACUCUGACGGACCCCCGCUGCCCGUCGCCUCCGUCCGCCCUUCGCCCCCACCCCUAUCCCCGGGGACAUAGGAGACGGUAUCGAGGCGGCCGGGGUGGGGCGGGCGGCGCGGGUCCGCUGAACCCCUGCCAGCGCCGUGCGCCCUGUACCCGCAGCGCCGGCGCCCCCCAUGCGCCAGGCGGCCGGACGGCGGCGUCGGGGGGCGCCAUGGCCUCGGCGGCGGCGGGCGAAGCGGAAGAGACCACCCGGCUGCGCAAGCCGCGCUUCUCGUUCGAAGAGAACCAGAUCCUGAUCCGUGAGGUGCGCGCCCACUACCCGCAGCUCUACGGCGCUCAGAGCCGUCGGGUGAGCGUGGCCGAGCGGCGGCGUGUGUGGGACGGCAUCGCCGCCAAGAUCAACGGCAUCACCAGCUGGAAGCGCACUGGCCAGGAGGUGCAGAAGCGCUGGAACGACUUCAAGCGCCGCACCAAGGAGAAGCUGGCGCGCGUGCCGCACUCCACACAGGGCACCGGGCCUGCCGCCGAGGACGCCUUCUCCGCCGAGGAGGAGACCAUUUUUGCCAUCCUGGGGCCGGGUGUGGCGGGGCCAGGAGGUGGUGCAGGGGCAGAGCAGCCCUCCGCGGCCGCCUCUUCACAGCCACCGGCCCCAAGCGCCUGCGCCCAACGCUGUGUGUUGUCUGAGGACCGCAAGGAGGACCGACGGGCAGAUACACCAGCCCACAGCAAGGGGGGCUCUAGCAGCCCAGAGCCUUGGGCCAGACCCUCCUGCAAUCCUCAGGAAGGGGGCUGCCAGGCACCCAAGGAGCGUGAGUCCCCGCCCCCUCCGGCCCUGCAGACCAUCCAGCUGCCCCGCCUGGCCUUGUCUCCACCCCCCACAGCCCCUCCGCUGCCACCACCCCCCGAGCCACCGCAGCAGGUCCAAGUGGCACCCUCGCCCUCCAGCUCCCCCUCCCCUCCACUGCCUCCACCCUCGGCCCCGGACCCCUCCCUGGACUUCCUGCGGGCCCAGCAGGAGACUGCCAACGCCAUCCGGGAGCUGGCCGGCACCCUUCGCCAGGGACUGGCCCAACUGAGCGAGGCCCUCAGCGCCUUGCUGCCCCUUCUGCCUGGAAACCCCGCUGACCCACUGCCCCCGCCCCCGCCCCCACCUCCACCGCCCAGGCCUGUCUUGUCCCCGCCGUCCCCCAAGGUGGAGGUCGCCCCAGAGCCUGUGUCCGUGGUGGCUGCUGUCGUGGACGGGGCUGUGGUGGCAGCCAGGGGGGUGAUCAUUGCCCCUAGGAGCGAGGAGGGAGCCCCCCGGCUGCCCCCCGCCCCACUCCCUCCCCAUGACUCGCCGCCACACAAAAGGAGGAAAAGUUUCCCUACACGGAAGAGGCGGGGGCGGUGGAAAUCUCCGUGACAUCUGCUGUGGGGUUCAGGCUUGUCUGCGCACCUUCUGCCUGCACCUCCUCCCCCCAGCUUAGCCCAGUGGAGGAGGGCAAUGCACUUUCCCCAUCCCAGCUGCACCCCCGCUCCCUGCUGCGGGGCACGAGCACCCCACUCCCUGUACUAGUUAGUGCCUGAUUCUGGGGGGCCUCCUUGAUGGGCCCCCCAGCCCUUUUCAGUACAGCGCUGUCUGCCUGGCUGCUUUCCUUAACCCUGACUUCUAAGCCAUGGAUUUUAUGUUAUUUAUUAUUGCCCUUUGUGGGCUGUGGAGGGAACUUGCACAUCCCCCCUCCCCUAACAAAACUCCUGGCCUUGACUUGAAGACAACUGACCCACUUCCCCUACCCGGACUUUGGAGGGGGUGGGAGCUUCAAGACAAGUCAGAAUAUGGAUGAAGAGGCUAUUGCAGUCUGUACACUAGGGGCGGGUGGAGUUCUCACUGGUGUAGGUUGAGCCUUCUGCCUCCCGUUGCAGUCUCUGACCUCCAGAGCUCAACCCCCUCCGUGCUCCCCAGUGGUGACAAGAUAUCAAUAAACUUAUUUUUAAUAUAAUUACUUGGGGCUCUGUCUGAGACAGGCCUGAAGUUCGAACACCUACACCUGCCUCAUCCCUCCAUGGGCAGGUGACACCCCCUUGAAGUUUUAGAGGCUGGUGGUUUUCCAGACUUCUUUUUUUUUUUCUUAAAGCCAUCAAGUCCUGUGUUCAAAUUUUAUUCCUACUUUUUCAUCCUUCAGAUACUACCCUAAAUGUCAUCUCUGGGAGGACAUCCUGGAUUCCUUCCCACGGGCUAGGGUGGGUCUGCUUCUUAGAUUCUCUCUCAGCAUCCUGUGGUCACUAAAUGAACACAUGCCCUUAUCUAUUUAAAGCCUGCUUCCCGUAUAGUUUCAUGAAGGGAGGAGCUGGUUCUCUUUUUUACUCCCAAACUGGCUGCAGAGCCUGGUAGCAAACUAGCUAAUAGCCAUCACCCUGGACUCAGACCUGGCUCAACCCUUGGUGCUGCCCUGGCCAGCUGUGUAACUACGGGCCCCACUGUCCUCAUCUGUAAUACGGGCAUAAAGAUUUAGGUGUCUUUGCUGCCUACAACUACAUUCUCUUCAUCCUUCAGGUCACAGCUCAAAUAUCACCUCCUCAGGAAAGCCUUUCCUGAUCCCCCCUUUCCCCCAGCAGUUGUGAAAGAAAGGCAGUUAAGUAAUCAUUUGAGUAAAUUUAAAUUGAAUGUCCCUCCAUCACCAGGAUGAGCCUUGUCAGGGCAAGGCCUGAGCCUAUCUUGGUCACUGCUGUGUCCUCAGCAUUGCCCAACACAGAAGAAAGGUUGAAUCUUUUAAGUAAUGGGAGCUUAAAAACAACUUUCAUUUAUGGUGCUCCUUUUCUGGGCCAGGUGCCAUGCUAAGCAUUUAUUUGCAUGUUUGCAUUUUAACCUGAAGGUACCCAAUGAAAAGCAGAUUUUAGGGGGUCUCCAUUUUUUCCUGAGAAGUUUAGGGACUUGCCCUAAAUUUGUCAGGGGCCAAUCCAGUCCACCUGAAGCCAGCCUCUGGCCAGAACUCCUGACUCCAACUAGUGUUUACUAAAGAAUGGCCCAAAGACAAUUUUAGGCGAUAUGUGGAUGGCCUUUUUAACGGUUCUAUGGUUAUAUGUGAAUGUAGUUAUAUUUUGUAAAAAUAUACCUAGUACAUAAAACCCAUAAUCAUGCACAUAAUACUGCUUAGGAUGAGGCGAAAGUAAA